AUGAAGUUGAACAUAGCAUACCCGACGAAUGGCACGCAGAAGAUGUUUGAGAUUGAGAGGAGGAAUGAAGUCCGCCUGUAUGACAAGAAGAUAGGAGACCAGUUUGAUGGAGGUAUUCUUGGGGAGGAGUUUGAGGGAACGAUCAUGGAGAUUACUGGGGGCGAUGACUACCAAGGAUUUCCAAUGGUGAGUGGACAUCUGACCAAGAAGAGAGUGAGGCCUCUUCUAUCGAAGGGCGAUGCAGGAUACAGAUGCAGGCGCAAGGGAGUAAGGCGACGCAAGAGUGUCCGGGGAUCCAUAGUUUCUGAGGAGAUCUGCGUGCUGAAUCUGAUAAUCCUGCGCCCUGGCGAGAAGGAGAUAGACGGCCUUACAAAUGCUGUCAACGACGUGUCACAUCUUCCCAGGAAAGAGAAGAAGCUCAGGAAGAUGUUUGGGGUUCCUGACGAGGAAAAGAACGUUGUGGGGUACAUUAGGAAUAUACUGAAGUCUGAGUGCGAUGACCCGAAGAAGAUACCCAAGAUUCGACACAAUGGAAAAAGGAUGAAGAGGGAGCAGGAGAGGAGGGAGCAGAUAAUGAAGAUUAGGUUGGAAAGGAAGAGGAUACUGGAGGAAGAGAGGAAGGAAUAUCUCGAGAAGUAUUUCAAUAAAGCCUGA